AUGGGAUGCAAUUUGAGUUCUAAAGCUGCGAGAACGUCUGCUGUGGCUAGACAGUCUGCUGCUGCUAGACAGUCUACUGUUGGUCAAGAUGAUAGUGGUCCAGAGACAAUUAGUAGUGAAGAAGAAGAUACUGAUGAUUAUGUGAGUUUUAAAAACCUUAUGGUCGUACUCAAAGUUUAUUUUUCAGGUCGACAACAUUACCAGCUUAUGUGUCCAGAAAAUCAACAUAAACAUGUAUAGCGCCACAACUGCACUAAUGGUUGAAGGCUAUACAAAUGAUCUUAUCACAAUCGAAAUUCGGGAUCGAUACGAUGUUAUUAUAGAGCAUUUGACACAGUGCUAUAAGAAAACAAUUCCCUUUACUCUUCAAAUUUGUAUUUACGAUGUGUGUGUAUGGACUACAUCUUUACUCAAUGUAAUGGCCGACUUUUUUUUGCGUAAGUUAUCAACUUCUGAAUCUUAUAUUACUUUUACCUAGAGUACGGUAGGGCAUAGGGCCAAUAGAGCAUAGAAUACGGUAAGACCAAAGGUACAGCAUUAGCUUAAGGCAUGGAAGGAGUCUAGGGUACGGCACGAGUGUAAGUUAAAGCAAGACCGACAAUACGUUUUGAACUAGGUACAUUUAUGAUGCAGUAGAGCUGUGAAAAAUAUAAUUAAAAGUUAUGUUUUUAGGCACACUGCCAGCGAUGAAUGUUAUGAUACAUUUUGCAAGUUCAGGAAGCAAAUACAUUCCAUUCAUCAACUUUUACAGAAAGCUUCAUCCUAUUGUUGAGCACUUAUCCGUCAAUAACUCGACCAUUUUGAGGUUUUUCAUGGACUUGCAACGCAAAUCUUUGAUGCUGAAUUGGACUUUGAAUCGUAGUAAGUGCAUAUUUCUCUAGCUUAACCUAUUUAGCUUCAGUCUAUUUUAUCCUAAGUUGCUUUAUCUGGUCUUAACUUUUUUGUGUUGCUUUAUCUUACAUUAUUUUAUCUUACUAUACCUUAUUUCACCUUACUAUCAAUAACAUUUUCUUUUUCAGACUGGUUCCCAUUAAAUUACAUUGAAGUGAAUGAGGUUAUAUUUAUGAAUUUUUCAUUGCUGAAAGUGCUUUGUCAACAAGAUAUUGUAAUGCCACAAGUUUGCUCUGCUGCUUUUCUUAAGCAUCGAUGUGAAACGGCCGAUGUAAAGUUGAUCUUGGAAAAUGCUUGCAGCGUAUUUCCUUCCAUAAAAAAACUUGAAUUGGAAUAUGAGGUACAUGUUACGGAGAAGAAUGAACCAAGUAAGUUUGUAAUGAAGCUAGGGCUAUGGUAAAUUAUGUUAGAAUAGAAUAGAACAGAACUUUUUAGUCUAGACUGGAUGAGAAAAAGAGAAAGGAUGAGAUUUUUCGGUAAGGGAUAGGUUAGCAAACUUAAAAAAAAACAAAUAUUUCUUGUAAAUUUGGUUAUUUCAGUUCGAAAUCACCAACUGUUUAUCCAAACACGCAACGUGUUGGACUCGUUCGAGAGCAUUUUGGACUGGAACCAGGGAAAACUCAAUAUAUUCAUUACCUCUAAAGUCACUUACAACGGCCUGGUUAAUGAGGAUUUGGCAAGAAAAAUGUCAGAAUAUAUUGGAUACGAAUGGAGCUACGACGGCGAAGUCGGCCUAGAUGUAUCAAUGGCUAAUGUAGAUUUGAUGAUGAUUGUACAGCACAAUAAGUGA